GACAUUUCAUAGUCAGUCGCGUACGUCCAAGUUUCUUGUUCUUGAAUUGCUGUUUGGUUAAUACAUUUUAAUUUAAUUAUUAUUGAGAGUAUAUAGCUUUACAUAAUGCAACGUUUGAGAAGAAUGAUUAACAACAGUGACAGUGAUGAUAGUGAAGAUGAAAUCUAUGUUGUAAGACGUCCAAGGUGGAUAAAAGAAAGGAAUAAUUAUUUUUAUGACUAUGAUGACGAAGAUUUUAGGAUAAGAUUUCGGCAAUCUAAAGCAGCGGCUCAUAAUCUUUUGAUCAAAAUUGAAGAUCAUUUGGAAUUUAUAUCUGAGAGGAAUCAAUCAAUUUCUCCGAUCAAUCAGCUUUUGGCAACACUAAGAUUUUAUGCUACGAAUAAUUCACAAUUAACGAUCGGUGAUUUUAGUGGGCUCAGCACACCUACAGCACAUAGAAUAAUACAUAGAGUUAGUGCUGCCAUAGCGUCAUUGAACCACGAGUACAUAAAAUUUCCAAAUACUCAAAAGGAAAUUCGGCAAAAUCAAAGGGAGUUUUAUGGUAUUGCAAGAUUCCCUAGAGUUUAGGGGCAAUGGACUGCACACAUGUCAGAAUUUCUUCACCCGGGGGUGAUCAGGCAGAACUUUUUAGAAACCGAAAAGGCUAUUUUUCUAUUAAUGUCCAGACUAUAUGUAAUGCAAAUUUGGAAAUUAUUGAUAUUGUCGCAAGAUGGCUUGGGUCAGCACAUGACAGUACCAUAUUUAAUAAUUGCUGCCGUAAAGCAAAAUUUGAAGCUGGUGAUUAUGGUGAAGGAAUUUUACUUGUAGAUGGUGGAUAUGCAGCUACAUCCUAUUCUAUGCCCCCACUAGAGAAUCCUGGAACAGCAGUAGAGCAACUGUACAACGAGUCGCAGAUCAGGACAAGAAACGCUGUUGAAAGGUCUUAUGGGGUUUGGAAACGAAGAUUUCCAAUACUAGCUUUAGGACUACGAGUUAAAUUAGACAAGGCCUUGGUUAUAAUUAUAGCAACAGCGGUACUGCAUAACAUAUUGCGUCAACGAGGAGAAACAGUUCCACCUGAUGAUCCAGGUUUGAUUCUUCCGCCUCCCAAGGUGCUCUUACAAAAUGGACAAAUAAGUUGUGAACGAUCAAGUACUCCUCAGCGAAGUAGAGCCAGAGAACUCCUAAUAAACAAUCACUUUAGGAAUCUUAUUUAGUUCAUUGUGGGAAAAAAGUUAAAUAAAAGUCAUAUUUUUUUAUUAAGUCGCAGUUUUUAAUUAUUUUUUUUUGUUUUCUCCGCCUUAAUUGUAGUAGUAAUAACCUAGUUUUUAGUUUCUCCUGCUUUAAAAUUUCAUUUUUGAUUUUCAUUUCCAUCUCAAAAAUUUUUCUUGCUUCUUCUCUCUCUUCAGCAGCAAAAUUCAUCUGCAUUUCGGUAGCUUUUUUUUUGUUUUUUGUAAAUCCUCUAGCAAUGAAGAUGGUACAGCCGGUCUGCGCUUGGAACUCCAACUCUUACUUUGAGUAGAAGUUCCUACAUCCUCUUCUCUCUUACUCAUUGCUCGUAGAGGUGCAGAUUUUGGAGUUUGCAGCAGUUUUGGAGUGUAGUCUCCCCAAUCCUUCAAAAUAAGAAUAAUUUUGUAAUUUAUUCACAAAAUUAAUAGACUUUUAAUGGGUUAGGUAAUUCAACUAAUAGUCUGACUCUAU